AUGUCCCAAACUGGGUCACAAGGAAGCUACCUGCGCCACCAGGCCAGUGGACUUUGCAUCCCUUGCACGAAGCCGGGGUGUAACCGUUGGUUCAAGAACCGAUCAGGGUAUACACAGCACAUGAAUGCGAAGCACCCCAUAUUCUUACAUCCACAUGCAGUGACUCAGGCAUCUGUCCCUUGUUCACCAAGUCCUGCAUUGUCCUUUGAUUUGGAUUUUGGUGAUGCCAACGACACGGACUUGGGACCGGAAGAUCCCUUGCAACCAACUGCUCAAUUUGUUGGGCCUGGUGACCGGUUGUAUAGAAAUUAUCAUCCGCUUCUGUCUGCUCGCCCCUGUGAUCGUGAAGGUAACUUCCUUCCACGAGGAACUCCGCCUCCACCACUUUCGGACAAGGCAUCAGAUGACUGGACGCCUUACAAGAGUCGGGUAGAGUUUGAGCUCGCCGACUACCUAUUUACGAAAAACCAGACCCCCAUGCAUUCAAUCGACCAGCUGUUAAAUAUAUGGGCAGCUUCAUUGAUUGAAGGGGGUAGCAAAACAACUUUGUUUCCUGACCACCGUGCACUUUACAAGACCAUCGACGAUACACCCCUCGGAGACAUUAAAUGGCAGUCGUUUUCGGUAAAAUAUACUGGCGAGAUUCCAGAACAAGGUGUCGCACCCUGGAUGACAGAUACCUAUGACGUUUGGUUUCGUGAUCCACGCAAUGUUGUUAACAAUAUGCUUUCUAAUCCAGACUAUGCUAUGGAAAUCGAUCUCCAACCUUACCGUGAGUACGCAACCGAAAAUGACGAACGCCAAUGGCAGGACUUCAUGUCCGGGGAUUGGGCUUGGUCUCAAGCGGAUAAGAUUUCUGAGGACCCAGAUACCCAUGGCUCGGCGUUCGUGCCCGUCAUUCUCGGGAGUGAUAAGACCACUGUUUCGGUUGCAACGGGGCAAAAUGAUUACUACCCUCUCUACGCAUCUAUUGGGAAUGUCCAGAAUACUGUUCGCCGUGCACACCGCAACGCUGUUGCCGUGGUGGGAUUCCUUGCAAUGCCAAAAACCACGAAACAGCAUGCUGAGACACCAGGUUUUCGAAGCUUCCGACGUCAAAUUUUUCAUUCGUCCCUCUCAUUCAUCCUAAAGAAUCUGAAGCCAGGCAUGACAAAGCCUGAAAUUGUUCGUUUUGGGGACGGCCACUAUCGCCGUGUCAUAUAUGGACUCGGGCCAUAUAUCGCAGACUACGAGGAACAGGUGUUGCUCGCAUGCAUAGUUCGGAACUGGUGUCUUUCCCAUAGCAAUGACCUCGACGAGAUUAGUCUCCUUCGUUCAAGAACUCACGCAGAUGCACUCAUCGAAGAGUGCGAUUUCGAUACACUGUGGAAAGAGUAUGGUCUCAUUAACAUGCUUGUGCCAUUUACGAACGAUUUUCCCCGCGCCGACAUCCACGAACUCCUCGCACCUGAUCUUCUUCACCAGAUUAUCAAGGGGGCAUAUAAGGACCAUUUAGUUACAUGGGUAGAGAAAUACCUACUGCGCACACAUGGAAAGAUGCAGGCUAACAUAAUUUUAGAUGAUAUUGACCGAAGAAUUGCAGCAGUUCCUCCAUUCCCUGGACUUCGUAGAUUUCCUCAAGGACGUCACUUCAAACAGUGGACUGGCGACGAUUCCAAGGCCCUUAUGAAGGUAUAUUUGCCGGCCAUUGAAGGUCACAUCCCCUUGGAUGUCGUGCGUGCAUUCCGUGCCUUCCUCGAAUUCUGUUACCUUGUCCGCCGCAAUGUGAUCACGGAGAAGUCGCUCGGUGAAAUUCAAGAUGCCCUUACCCGUUUUCACCACUAUCGGGAGAUUUUCAAGACUACUGGAACGGUCUUAACUUUUUCACUUCCCCGACAACACGCCAUGUCUCACUACAUCUAUCUUAUCCGACUCUUUGGCGCUCCGAACGGCCUCUGCUCCUCUAUUACGGAGUCAAAGCAUAUAAAGGCUGUCAAGGAGCCUUGGAGACGGUCCAGCCGAUACAAGGCUCUGGGUCAGAUGUUACUAACCAAUCAGCGUCUUGACAAGUUGGCGGCAUCACGUGUGGAUUUCCGCACUCGCGGGAUGCUCUCGGGUACAUGUCUAUCAUCCAUUCUUGCGGCACUUGAACCAUCAGAUAGACAGUGUGCGCAGCCUGCACAAACCAAUGUGGAAGAGCAGACCAAUGCAGAUCAACACGACCCUGAGCUGCCCAGUAUGUCCCGAAGCGCCAGCGCCAGUAUACUCGACCCGGAUGUCAGCGCUGACUCUGAGGAUAUUGAUGUGCCAAUGUCGGUCCUUGCACACGUAGAGCUUGCUCGAACAUCUCAGGGAAAAAAGCGCCCACAAAGCAUUCCUGCACUAGCUAACGAGCUUCACAUCCCUGACUUGGCUGAACUUGUUCAACAAUUCCUCACCGAGCAGCUGUAUCCCAACAAGGACCCCACACAAAUUCCCACAGGUAUUAUGGACCGCCCUCGUUACGAUGGGAGGAUACGAGUUUUUCACUCUGCGGCCUCAACAUUCUUUGCACUGAGUGACCUGAGUGGAACCGGCGGGAUGAAACGCGAACACAUUCGUGUGUCCCCCAGAUGGAGAAAUGAAUAUGCACGCAAAGAUUGCGUGUUUGUUAUUACUGACCCGAACGUUCCUGGAAUGCGGGGUAUGGACAUCGCCCAGGUACUAACAUUUUUUUCCUUUCGAUUAAGGGGAGUACGUUAUCCAUGUGCGGUCGUUCGGUGGUUCAACCGAAUCGGUGACACGCCAGAUGAAGAUACUGGGAUGUGGAUGGUGUCACCGUCUUUUAACGGUAAUCAUGCACACUAUGCGGUGAUUCAUGUUGAGGCUAUUUUUCGUUCUGCACAUCUUAUUCCGGUCUAUGGCACUGAACUGCUUCCCUCAUUAGUUAAAUCUCACCACGUUCUCGAUAUAUUUACCCUAUUUUAUGUCAACAAAUAUGCUGACCACCAUGCCUUCGAAAUAGCUUGCGUGAAAAAGCUAGAAAAGGAAACGCGUGAUUUCCUGAUGAACCGGGCACAGGCCAUUAGGCCUCAAAUGACCAUGCUACCAACUGACUACGUCGGUAUCUACCAAGUCGCUGAUAUAAUGGAAGCCAUUGAAUCUACGCGGGUCAAUAUGACAGACAAUUUCAACAUGUUGUUCACACUUUCGAAUGCGAACACAAAGUACGCUGAGCAAGGCGUCAUGCUUGGCAUGGCCGCGAAGGAGGCUGCGGCCGAAAAUAUGACUCAGUUGCAGGAUCUAAGGGCUCAGAUUCAAAGUGUACAGGACAAAAUAGAGAGGACUCAGAGAUGGCUGACGUAGGGCUUUGUGGCAUUAUCCUUACAUGUAAACGUGAUCACGACUCAAUUUGCGAUAUAUAGACAUACAAGCGGACCGGUCGCCUUCGGACGUCGCGUCUGUUACAGUUGUCUAUAUAAUACGUUUGCCGUUGUCUUCUCCUCACCCUCUGAAGGAAAUAGCGCGCGUAUGUCACGCCGACAUCGCACUCUCGAU